AGUAUUUUUUUUGUGGUGCUGCUGCCAUUGGGCUAACCAGGGUUUCAACAAUCCACAAUCCCAAAAACAUAUAAAAAAAAACUAGAGGGAAGAGAGAAAAGAAGAAGAAGAAGAUAAUAAUUAAUUUCAUAGUCGAUUCCAACUUCCAAACCCCAAUUUCCAACCGAAAAGAGAGGGAAUAAAGAAUUCUUCACGAAAAAAUUCAGCUCCAUUUUUUCGUUUCAUCUCUUCCUCCUCUGAUCUUACAGGCCCAUGGAUCCCUUUGAGUUGAUUCGCAAAGCUUGUCUGAUCAAUGAGCAUAAUCAAAUUGAUCCAUUUUGAGGGUUUGGGUGAGGCUGAUUGGACAUUACUGCAACUUUAGUUAGAGUCUAUGUAGUUAUUUUGUUGACAUCCUAGUUGAUAAUGAACUUGUCCAAGAAAGUAUCCCAAACGGAUGCAAAGCUAAGCAGCCCAAGCAAGGCAACCACUUUGAAUCCAAAUGCAGCAGAGUUUAUUCCUUUUUCUCUCAGAACACCAUUUUCUGGAACCACCAGCUCGGUUGAUGCAACAGCAAGGCUGGCCAAUGCUGGAGCUCUUGGAAAAGCCGUUUUAGAUAGAUCAGAAUCAUCCAUUUCAAACAAUUCAGAAGAUGAGAUUCACCAAUACUGGCGAUGUCAGCUCCCUGAUGAUAUAACCCCUGAUUUCAAGGUCGUGGGAGAAGAGUCCCAAGGUCUUAAUGACCUUUCUUUAGCAGGCUUAUCCAUACAUGAUGACAUUGAAGGCUUGAUGUUUCAUUCUUCUAAAGGAAGUAGAUAUAUAUUCAAUGAGCAGGAAGAAUUAUCUCAGCAGCACAUUAAUGGCAAUAACUUUACUGAUAGACUAAGGUUUUCCAAUUCUGGCUUUCGGGAGGAUCCAUCUUCAGGAAGCACUUUGAACACUUCAGCGAAUCCUUGGGAUAGGCCAAUUGGGAGUGCCAACAAGCUUGUUAGCAGUGGUCAAGAGGGGCUUACUUAUGAUGACAACUCAGGACAUGGAUUCUUAAAUGACAUCUUUGCUGAGAAUGCAAUCGUGGAUGAUACUAAUUUGAACCCUUUGGAGUUUUUAGCUUCUCUGUUCCCUGGCUUUGCUGCAGAAAGCCUUGCAGAGGUUUACUUUGCCAAUGGAUGUGAUUUGCAUAUGACCAUUGAGAUGCUCACACAGUUAGAGCUCCAAGUUGAUGGUAGUUUCAUUCAGAAUCUGAAUUCAAAGACGCUGUCAUCUCCCAAUCUUAGUGCAAUGGACUUCCCGGCACUUACAUCAGCGGAUGGUCAUACUGCUUCUGUCAGAUUUUCUGUAGAUAAUGUCCAACAAAGAGGCAACCCUUACCGAUCAUCUGACAAAGACAUCCUGUCUUUCAAAACUACCUCUUCAAUUCCGUCUAGAGGUGCUAUUGACUUUGCUUCAGCUGUGAGGAAGCUGGCUUCUCAGGACUCUGGUAUUUGGAAGUAUGAUAAAAGUGGUUCUGGUGAUGCUGCCAUUGGCUCAAGCAGGACAUCUCAUGUUUUGGCUGGCUAUGAUGGUGGACAAGGGAGGGCCAGCUUCAGUGACAGGUUACAGAAUCGUGGUUUAGCUCGGGGGUUAGCACCUGUUUGGCUUGAAACUGGUGACACAGUUGCAAAUAUGUACUCGGAACUGAGGGAGGAGGCCCGUGAUCAUGCACGCUUACGUAAUGCAUACUUUGAGCAGGCACGUCAAGCCUAUCUUAUUGGCAAUAAAGCCCUGGCAAAGGAACUUAGUGCUAAAGGGCAAGUGCACAACAUGCAUAUGAAAGCAGCUCAUGGAAAAGCACAAGAGUCUAUAUAUCGCCAGAGGAAUCCAGUUGCUCCGGAGAUGCAGGGCAAUGGAAGAGGGCAUGAGAGGAUGAUAGACUUGCAUGGGUUGCAUGUGAGUGAAGCUAUUCAUGUGUUGAAAUACGAACUGAGUGUGCUGAAAAACACGGCCAGAGCCGCCGAUCAGCGCCUGCAGGUCUACAUUUGUGUGGGGACAGGUCAUCAUACGAGGGGUUCCCGUACUCCUGCAAGACUUCCGAUAGCUGUACAGCGUUUUUUACUCGAAGAAGGUCUUGAUUUCACAGAACCUCAGCCAGGCCUACUUCGUGUUGUGAUAUAUUGAGUGACGGAUGUUUUCGAGUUUUUGACACGGUUAAAGUUGGUGACAUUGAACACAAUAGAAAUUGUAGUCAUUCUUGUAUGUUGUAUAUGGAAGCAAGGCCUUAUCCAAGCCUUGAAGAUAAGGAGGAAAACAAAAAAAUUGAAAAAAAUGGAGAAAAUGGAAAAGGAGAAAGAGAAAGAGAGAGAAAGAGAGGUUGGAGAAAAAUUAAAGAGAGGGGUUGUAGCAAAAUUGUAUCAUUAAGGUUUAGCUGCAGAUUCAAAUUACAUUGGCAGGACUUCACAUUAGCCCUUGUUAUGGAUCAUCUUUUUUCUGUUAA